AUGCGCGACAACGAGAAUCUUACCAAGGAUCUGGAUGAGGCGCGGAAAUUAUGUACGAAGGUGAACGAGGAUAUCGCACGGCUGAAGGAGGAGGUCGAUCAGCUGACUUGCAAGGAGGACGGCCGAGGACAGAUGCGAUUGGACCUGUUGAAAGAGCAUGAGUACAUAAAGAAAACGAUCGACGAGCUGAAUGCCCAAGAGGAACAACACAAGGUGGAAUACAACAAACAGAUAGAAGACCAGAUAGAGGCGCAGAAGGCGCGGCUGAAGCAGCUGAAGAGCGAAGACUGCCCUGAGCUUCUGGAGAUAAUAGAAGAGGAGCGCCGCAACAGCGAUAUCUUGCUCACUGCCGCGCUCGAGGCCUUGGAUCUGGAGCACACAAAGGAGCAAUCGAAAUUGGAGUCGAAGCACGGCGCAAUGGUUGGAGCGCGUUCAUAUUUGUCUCACGUUGUUCGCAAGGCGCAAGAAGAGAAGGAAAAGUUCGAUGCGAUAAGGAAGGUGAACGCCAGCGAGAUUGCGCGACUGAGGGCUGCAAUAGAAGCGAAGAAGCAGAAGUCCAAGGAGCACGUUGACGCCUGCGUCACAACACCUACCCCGACAACUCCGAUCUCCCGGCCGACCAAGCUACCUCCCGACGCGACGAAGUCCGUGCAGUGCAUAGUUGUUAACAGCGGUUGCAGGAUCCCCCAGCCGAAAGAUGCAAGCGUGCACUUCAAGGUGAGCUACAACCCAUCAAUGCCUGAGUCGAAGCAGACGCCCACCCUGUUAUCCACUCCCGGCAGCGUGAAGGACAGUCGAGUUCCCUUCCCGGUUAGCGCGAGCAGUUCUCAAUCGGAUCCCAUAUCUGCACAGGCCAUUGUGAAGAAGGAACCGCGGAGGAAGUGUAUCCGCCGGGUGCCGGCCGCUAAUGGCAACGGCGACGAACCCAAAGCCGAGCUGGACUUAUUUUGCUAA